AUGAGCGGAAUUUGGGCCAAGUGGUUUCGGGUUUAUGCUGUAGGUGGUAUAAUCAUUGGAAGCGGUGUUUUACUAUUUAAAUACACUACUCCAACUGAUGAGGAACUCAUCGAGAGGCUGUCACCAGAAUUGCGACAACAAUAUGAGAGAGAAAAGAACUUACGUCAAGCUGAGCAGCAAACAUUAAUGAAGAUAGUUCAAGAAACCGCUAAGAGUAAUGAUCCUAUAUGGAAAACAGGGCCUAUUAAGUCUCCUUUUGAAAGGGAUACAUCUACUCUUCAAAAUCGUGAUCAGUUUCAGAAAGUGAAAGCUAACGAAAUCCAAAAGGAAGAGUUGGAAAGAGUAAGACAGGAGCUAGAUAUGAUACGUCAAAAGAGCCAGGGAAAGACAAAGGCAGUGGUAGAUUCAAAAAGUUGGUGGAAACCUUGGUGA